AUGGAUCCAACGGAAUUUCUGGAGCGCACCAAUAAUCGUAACCUCAAGUGCCAAAUUGGUGGCAUGGUAGAGAAGCGUAUGCGCGAGUAUACUGAGGAUUUGGACAGGCGGCGCAUGAUGUUAUCCCAACAGCUGCAGAUGGAAGCUCUGCAGUGGGACGAGGAGCUGGCAUUGUGGUUGCAGGCGAAAGCUGAAGAAGCCGAGAAGCAGCGUCAUGAGUGGAUCCUCUUGGAGCGCAUGAAGCGCGAGCAGGCAGAAGUGGAGUUGCUGAAGCUGAAGCAGCAGCAGCGGGAGAUCGAAAAUUCAGAGGCGCAUCGCCACAGGGAAACCAAAGAGAUUCUGCUGGAAACCAAAUACGCCCAGCUGCAGCAAAUCGAGGAACGCAAAGCUUUGCGCCGCAAGGAGGCGCAGGUGCAGCAGCUGUGGCACGAAGUGUGGCAACGACUAGAUGCCACUCGCGAACAGCAGGCACAAUACGAGCAGAAUCUCCGUCACAUACUCGAAGGCAAUACCCAGUGGGAGAAUGAAAGGCGAGAAGAGGAGCAGCGAGCGCAGCGGGCUGAAGAAACGUUGACCGAACAGCACGAAUAUGCACAGGCAAUGGAAUUAGCUGCCGAGGUUGAAGCCAAACGCAAGGAGGAAGCGCUUAUUAAAGCUCGCAACAAACGCUUGCAACAGUUUUCCGACUUGCAGAAGCAAAUCGAACAGAACCAACAAUUAGCCCAGAAAGAAGCUGAAAGGAGCAAGUCUGAGAACCUGGGCUACAAUAUGCGCGAGGACAUGCAAAUUUAUGAGGACUUGCAGCAAAAAAUAUAUGCCAGGGCACACAACCGCGACUGGCAUCAGAGUUACCUCCAACAUACGGCAGAAGAACGUGCGACCGAGCGUUUAAAGACUUUGCAGCUGGAAAAGGCAUACCAAGGCACGGGUUGUGUUCUAUCCCAGAAGAAGAAACAACCAUAUGGCAAGGAGGUGCGCUAG